AAUUCCCAAAAAAAGAAAAAAUCGGGUGGAUUUAAUACUCAAUAUCCACAAUCCGAAACCCUCCCAUGUCUGGCCCGUAUUAAAGCUGAGGCCGAAUCUUUCCUUAAACGACCGACUUUCACCCUUGGUCGUAUAACUAGACUGAACUUCAACUAUAAGACCAAUGGCUAACUAGUACUUACUUUCGCUUCAUCUUAGUUUGUCGAACGAUUUCGAAUCCUUUCCUCCUCAGUUACCCUUUGUACCUACCUAACUAUUUUUGAAGUUUGAAAAAUCUGAAGACAGCAGAAAAAAAAAUGUUCUAUCUAAGUCUAAUCGAGCACACUUUGAGAUUACCACCCCAUCUUCUUAACCUUCCUCUUGAUGAGGCUAUUAAGAUAGAGUUGGAAGCCCUUUUCUUGGAUAAGGUUAUUGCAAACUUGGGACUUUCGAUUUCAGUAUAUGACAUCAGGUCAAUUAAAGGCGGCUUUAUCUAUCCCGGGGAUGGUGCUUCUACCUAUACGGUGGAGUUCAGACUGAUUGUAUUUCGUCCAUUUGUUGGUGAGAUUAUUGUUGCAAAACUUAAAGAAUCUGACGCUAAUGGCUUGCGCUUGUCACUUGGAUUUUUUGAUGACAUUUACAUACCUGUGCAUCUUUUGCCAAGUCCAUCUCGCUUUGAAUCUGACCCUAAUAAUAGAAAUCAAGGAAGAUGGAUAUGGGACUUUGGAGAAGCAGAAGAAGCACAGUCUGAAGAACCACGAUUUGUUAUUGAUGGGAUGGAUCAGAUUAAAUUUCGAGUUCAUAGUGUUAUAUAUCCUUCAAUUCCUCUCGAACAGCCAGAAAAUUCGAAGCCAUUUGCCCCAAUGGUGAUUACUGGAUCAAUAGACUAUGAUGGUUUGGGCCCCGUCUCAUGGUGGGAGGAAGCAGAAAUGGUUCAGGAAGAAUCUUAAGUUUACAAAUCAGUAUGUGGAAGGAAGUGAGGGUUUGUUGAUUGGAGAUGUUUGUAGUUGCUUCACAAAUCACAAGGCGGCAGGAAUGAUCUUGUCAAAGCUUGCAAUAGCUGCAGCAGUAGGUGUUACUGUUAAUCUUGCCUGGCUGACGUGCUUCUCCCUACAGACCAACUACGACAAUAACAACUCAAACCAUUAUCUUAUCAAGGAAAUGCCACAAGCUUGAAAUUGUUGUUUCGACAAUUUUGUUGAUCAUCCUUAUCUCGCACCGCUUUUGUUUUUAUUAGAAAUUGAGUGGCUCCACUGUGAUGUUGACUGCUGGAAUUUAGUGUUGCCUCAAUUUUUUAAAUAAUUUUAAUUGUGGUAUAUAGAAUGUAGAAUACAGUACGGGUGAUUGUAAGUAAAUAGUAGUUUGCAACGCUUAAGAUGAUUAUCCUUACGAUAAAAUAAUUUCGUUUUAGUAUAAUAUCUAAAAUUUUUUUAUCAA